UUGGGUGCCUGGGGCUGGGGACACCCUUGGGGGAUGCUCUGCAGGGUGACCUGCCCGGGCCAUCCACGGCGUCACGGUCCCCAUGGGCCACCACGGGGUGAGUGCCCGCCGUGACGCCCGCCUCUCUCCCCGCGCAGGCGUCGUGCCCUUCGUGGCCCUGCUCCUGCUGCAGCGGCGGCCGGUGGCCGGCCGGGCCCUGCUGGUGACCGGCUCCGGCUGCCCCGGCCACAGCUUGUGCCGCUCCAACGUCCAGGAGCAGACCCGCAGGCAGGUUGCGCUGCUCAACGCCACCGCCCAGGACCUCUUCAGCCUCUACCUGAAGUGCCAGGGAGAGCCGUUCAGCAGCGAGAGCGACAAGCUCUGCAACCCCAGCGGCAUCUUCUUCCCCGCCUUCCGCGUCAACCGGACGAGCGAGAGGAAGGAGGUCAUGGUGGCCAUGUACAAGCUCUUCGCCUUCCUCAACGCCUCGCUGGGGAACAUCACGCGCGACCAGGAGGAGCUCAACCCCACGGCCAAGGAGCUCCUCGACCGGCUCCACAACACCACCAAGACCACCCGGGGCCUCAUCUCCAACCUCACCUGCCUCCUCUGCAAGAACUAUAACAUCUUCCAGGUGGACGUCAGCUACGGGGAGAGCUCCAAGGGCAAGAGCACCUUCAAGAAGAAGCAGCAGGGCUGCCAGGUGCUCAGGAAGUACGUGCAGGUCAUCGCCCAGGCGGCCCGUGUCCUCCUACCUCAUCUCAGCCCCCCGUGAGCACCUGUCCCAGCUCCUCCACCCCCCCCCCAGCCACCAGUGAGGAUGGCUAAGCUGGCCGUGCCACCCCCCACUGCUGCCUCCUGACCUUCUGCCUUCCUAUUUAUUACCCCGGACCCUGCGCUGGCCCCAUCUGCCCUUUGGUAAUUUAUUUGCCCCUCGGGGGGUGAACGUUGCAGCCCGGUGCGGAGCAAAGCCGGGGUCAGCAUCCAGCAGGACAAGGGGGUGCAUCCCCGAGGUGAUGGCGGGGCACGGGCUGGUCCCGGGAUGUGCCUCGGCUGUCCCCGCUCUCCCACGGGGUGCAGGGAGCCGUGGGUGCUGUGAGGGGCUGGUGAUGGGGCCGGACUUUGUCCCCCAUGGCCAGUCUCCUCCAUCAUGGAGAGCAACCCGACGGACAUCCUCAAGCAUCAUCCCUGAGCCUCCACUUCCCUGGGAAAAAGGACUAGGACCAAGAACCCCAGGAUGCUGCGGCUGGAGGGGACAUAGGGGCGCAGGGACACGCUCCCCCUGCACACUUUUGGGCUGGGCUCCCCGACAAGGAGUCAAACUGGGGGUACUGGUGUGGCUGGGGCUGGGUCCCGCUGUCUUGGACGAAGCCACCCACUGGGGACGGAGCCCACUGGGAAGCAUCGUCCCCCCCGCACGGGCACAGCGGGGCAGGGAGGGCACAUCCUCCCCUUUGGAAAAGUGCUUUUCCCAUCGGAAGGGCUUUGAAUGUACUAGCGGCUCAGCCAAGGGCUGGGCUUCGCAUGACUGGAUGCGGCCCCGGCGCGGGGACGCGGGGACACGG